UGUCUCAUUAGCAGUGCUAUUGAAUCUUCAAGCCUUGCAAAUUCGUGCCCCAAAGCAGUUGAAAGAGUUUUCCUGUCUAACCCAUUAGUUUGUAGAUGAAAUAACAACAAAGGUUACUACAAAUUAGUCCUAAUGACCAAGCAGUUAUUGUUUUCCAGAAGUGCUUAAUGAGACAGAAUAGUUCCAGAAUGGUGCUAAUCGUGACUUCAUGAGGUUCCAAAAUAAAAUGUUAUACAGCUGUCUAAAAUAGGCUACUGUUACAGCCGAGCAACAUGACACUAGCAUGCUCGGGUCUCAGGGAGGUAAGGAUAGCAAGCACUCGGAUGAUGAGACCCCCUGGCUAUUCAUAGCUCUUUUGUUCAAUUUUAAGGCCACUUGUCACAAGCUUGUGCUUCAUUCCUGUCCGUACACAGUGCACUCCACAGCUGACGAGAAAGGAUGUGGAAGAGAAAGAAAGAAUGGUUGAUCAAGCCUCCCAAGGAGUACCCCUUGGAGACAAAGUACAGGCCUGUGCUUGAGAGCCUGAUCCCUCCAGACCCCAUGAGCAAGCUGAAACUGAAGAGGGGCUGUCCGAAAGAAGAGUUCCCAAGUCUGGAUAGAAACUACACCUGCAUGGCCCGUGUGCUCGAUCUGCACAUGUACACGCGCCAGUUCAACCGGGCCACUGAGAGUGGAGUCAUUUUUGACGACAUUAUUCGCCCAGGCCUGGAGGACCCAGGAACAAGCACAGGGCCCUUGUCUGUAGGCUGUUUAGCCGGCGACGCCCAAUCCUACAUUCUCUUCUGUGACUUUUUUGACCGCGUCAUUGAAGCCUACCACAGCUACAGGGUGCUUGGUCACAUUACACAAAGGAGUGAUUUCAAUUAUGAUAACCUCAAGGGAGGUGAUGACUUUGACCAAGCCUAUGCUGUAAGCUGUGAAGUGAGCAUUUCUCGCUGUAUCGAGGACUUCAGCUUCCCCACACACUGCAGCCGAGGGGAGCGAAGACAACUCCACACACUGGCCACAAAAGCUCUGGACCAACUUAGUGAAGAACUCCCUGGCAAGCUUUUCUCAAUGGAUGAGCUCAACCAAGAGACAGAAGAUAAAGAGCUCAUCCUGGAUGCCCCGCCCAUUACAUUAAUGAAGAUUGGUGUGGCUCGUGAUUGGCCUGAUGCACGGGCAUUGUGGAUGAGUGAGAAUGGGAGCCUGGCAGUUUGGGUGAACAUGGAGGACCAUCUGAAACUGGUGUCUUCAAGAAGUGAUGCCAAUCUUCAGGAGGCAUUUGCAUCCGUAUGCAUCAAUCUAGUAAAGUUGGAGGCAAUAUAUAAUAAACUCAGGCACCCGUUUAUCUGGAAGCCUCACUUGGGCUGGGUGGUAAGCUCACCGGCAGAGGUGGGCACCGGUCUGAAGGCCAUAGUCACCAUCAGGCUGAUACACCUGCCUGAGCACAAAAAUCUGGACAAAAUCCUGGACAGACUGAGACUUCGCAUGGAGGCAGACAACUCCGAUGGAUUGUACAAAAUAAGCAAUCAACAGACCAUCGGACUCACAGAGGUGGAGUUUACGCAGCUCGUGGUCGAUGGGGUUAAACUUCUCAUCAGGAUUGAGAAGAGACUGGAGGACAAUGCGGGUAUUGAUGACCUGGUGCCUGCGCAGAAGUAGUGCCCACGAUCCAGCUACAGGACGUUUUACAGAAGACGAGACGCGUUGUACACCGCAGUACCCCUGCUCACAAAUCUAUCCGUAGUUAAAUCCCAUAGUGCAAUCCCACAGUGUACUGGAAAUAAAUGUUUGACUCAUUUUCUUUUAAUUUGACUGGAAUUGGAGGUGCAUUAAGGUAUAAUAAUGCACUCAUACAAAUACAUAAUCGUUUCUAUAGAGCAACCUCUUAAAACCUCAAGGAUUUAUGCCAGAUGUAAUCUAAAAAUACUAAUGAUUACAUUUUUUAUUUAAGAAUAAAAAAAACAAAUAUUGCAUUUCUGUAAGGAAAUAUUCAUUUAGUGCUUUGUUUCUUCUUCCUGUUAAGUUUUCCACUGUGUGUGUGUGGGGGGGUCUCACAUAUAGAGGGCUUUUACAGUAUUUAUGUGACGAGUGACAUCACAUUUUCGUCAUAUUAAUUUCGAGAGAGAGAGAGAGAACUAGGGGAAGAAAUGAGAAUGAUUGUAUGUAAUUUAACUUGUUUUGUGGAUGUUUCAUGAUAUUAAAUGUAAUUUAGCAGAUACAAUCCUUUGUUCUUUAAUAAAUAA